AUGGCAUUUGAAGAUAAAAUGGAAAAUUAUUACGAAUUCGAUAAAUUAGAUAUCGUUGGUGCCUUGAAUAAUCUUAACUUAGAUGAAUUCGAUAAUAAUGAAACCAAUAAUGAAAAGUCUAAAUUUAGAAAUUCUGGCAAUAGUAAAGGGAUUAAACUUAAUGAAAAUAAUGAUCAUACCAGUAAUGUUAAUAAUGGUAAUAAUAGCAUGAAUAAUAAAGACAGGAAUAGUCAAAAUAAUACCAAUGAAAGAAAUAAUUCAACUAAAGAUUUAACUCCUAACUUAACACCAAAUCCAAACUUAAACCCCAAUGCAACCUUAACACCAAACCCAAACUUGACUCCAACAUUCGAAUGGACUCCUUGGUCAAAUUUCAAUUAUCCACUGAGUGCUCCACCAUUUAUUUAUGAAGAUGAAAAGAUCAAACCUUUUGAAUUAGGUAAUAAUAUUCUUACUUCGAAUUCUUACAAUAUGAAUGUCGGUAUUGGUUCUACUACACCAAACGUUAACAAUGUUUCAAUGCACGGUAUGAAUAAUGUUAAUAAUGUUUCUGUUGGUUCAAUUAACAGUGUUAACAACGUCAAUAACGUUAAUAAUGUUAAUGGAGGAAUUAAUUUGAAUUUACCUUUCCAAACUCCUCCCCAAAUUAACCAGCCUUUUGAAGAAGAAAGUCGUCCUGCCAGUAGAUCAGGUUCUGGAUCAAGUGUUUCACCUGACUAUUCAUCCAAUUUAUGGCAACAUCAAGUUCAACAUCAAGUUCAGCAACAAGUUCAACAACAAGUUCAACAACAAGUUCAACAGCAAGUACAACAACAAGUACAACAGCAAGUACAACAAUUACAACAGCUGUAUUUGGGAUACAAUCAAAGAUUCAAUCGUCGUAACUCAGUUUUCAACGAUUCCAAUGUUCACCGCAAAGUUCAUACAACUAGACGUAAAGGUGAUGAUGCUUCGAAAUAUAUUAAUGCUAAAUUAGAAGAUUUCAAUGGUGAAAUUUAUUCAUUAUGUAAGGAUCAACAUGGUUGUAGAUUCUUACAACGUCAAUUAGACUUAAGUAAAGAUAUUGAGAAUCAUACCAAUUCGACUAAUAACAGUUCAAUCGCAGCUACUUUGAUUUUCAAUGAAAUAUACCUCAAAAUUGUGGAAUUAAUGAUUGAUCCUUUUGGUAACUAUUUAAUCCAAAAAUUGUUUGAAACUGUUUCCAUUGAUCAAAGGAUAAUUUUGGUGAAAAAUGCUAGUCCAGAAUUUAUCAGAAUUGCCUUGGAUCCUCAUGGUACAAGAGCUUUACAAAAAUUGGUUGAAUGCAUUUCAACAGUUGAAGAACUGAAAUUAAUCAUUGACAAUUUAUCACCACACAUUGUUUCAUUACUGAGAGAUUUAAAUGGUAAUCACGUAGUUCAAAAAUGCUUACAAAGAUUAAAUCCAAGAGAUAAUCAAUUUAUUUUUGAUAUUGCCAGUAAUAAUUGUAUGGAAAUUGCUACUCAUCGUCAUGGAUGUUGUGUCUUACAAAGAUGUUUGGAUCAUGGUAAUUUACAACAACGUAAACAAUUGAGUGCUGUCAUUGCUGCAAAUGCUACCAACUUAAGUUUAGAUCCUUUUGGUAAUUAUGUUGUUCAAUAUGUUUUGAGUAGAGGUGACGAACAAUCAAUUACUUUGAUUAUUAAUCAUAUCAAAUCCAAUUUGGUUUUAUUGUCACUUCAUAAAUUUGGUUCCAACGUUAUCGAAAAAUCUUUACGUAUUUCAUCAUUAUCAACGACUUUGAUCAACGAAUUAUUGAAGAAUUCUUCUCAUUUCCCCGAUUUAUUGAACGAUCCUUUUGGUAAUUAUGUUUUACAAACUUCUUUAGAUGUUGCUUCAAAGAAUGAAUUGACCAAAUUAGCUAAUGUUUUAAAUCCUUUGUUACCAAACAUUAGAAAUACUCCUCAUGGCAGAAGAAUUUUAUCAAAAGUUCAGUCAAUUGUUAUUUAA